CGCUUUGGCCAGCCAGGCCUUUUUGAGGGCGGAGUCGGGAGGAAGGAAGGAGGAUCAGCUGGGGGAGCAGAAGGAUCGGGGCAUCCAUGUUCUAGACUUCUGACAUGUUUCCCUUAAAGGAUUCAGAAUUAGGAGCUUUCACCUUUUUUGCUUCAGCUCUUCCAAAUGAUGUUUGUGGGAGCAAUGGUCUACCUUUGACUCCAAAUUCCAUAAAGAUCCUGGGGCGCUUUCAGAUUCUUAAGACAAUUACACAUCCCCGGCUUUGCCAGUACGUGGAUAUUUCUCGUGGAAAACAUGAGAGGCUGGUGGUUGUUGCUGAACAUUGUAGAAACAGCCUGGAAGAUUUGCUUCGAGACCGGAAACCAGCAAGUCCUUUCAGAACAUUAUGCAUCGCCUUUGAAGUGCUACAAGGCUUGCAGUAUCUCAAUGAGCAUGGAAUAGUCCACCGAGCUCUCUCACCUAAUAAUAUCCUCAUGGACGGAGAGGGGCAUAGUAAGUUGUCAAAAUUUGGCCUUUAUCAUAUGACUGCUUAUGGUGCAGAUGUUGACUUUCCUAUAGGGUACCCAUCAUAUCUGGCCCCUGAAGUAAUUGCACAAGGAAUUAUUAAAUGCAGUGAUUACAUACAGAGUGAAAAGUCCUUGCGUUCUGGACCUAAAUCAGAUGUGUGGUCUCUUGGUAUUAUAUUAUUUGAACUUUGUAUGGGCAGAAAGCUGUUUCAGAGUUUGGAUGUAGCUGAGAGACUAAAACUGAUACUUAAUCUUGGAUGUGUUGAUGACAUCAUAACAGUACUAGCUGAGGAGCAUGGAUGCUUGGACAUUCUGAAGGAAGUUCCUGAAAAUAUUUUAGCUCUACUGAAGAAGUGUCUUACAUUCCACCCUUCCAAACGGCCUACUCCUGGAAAAUUGUUGAAUGAUCCGGUGUUCAAUGAAAUCUCAUCUUUAUAUCCAGCUUUCCAUACACCUGUCAGUUUUUUCUCACCUAAUCUAAGAUGUGCUAAUUUAUCUCUUCCUGAGGAUAUUAAUCAGCUAUUUCAAGAGGAAAGUUCUGAUUACCUAGCAGAAAGGACAAUUGAAGAAGUGUAUUAUCUCUGGUGUUUGGCUGGAGGUGACUUGGAGAAAGAGCUUGUCAACAAGGAUAUCAUUCAUUCCAAGCCUCCCAUCUGCACACUUCCUAUUUUUUUGUUCGAAGAUGGGGAGAGUUUUGGACAAGGGCGUGACAGAAGUUUCCUUUUGGAUGAUACAACUGUGACACUAUCACUCUGUCAGCUCAGGAAUAGAUUGAAAGAUGUUGGUGGAGAAGCAUUUUAUCCAUUGCUUGAAGACGACCAGUCAAAUAUACCCCAUUCAAAUAGUAACAACGAAUUAUCUGCUGCUGCCAAACUUCCUCUUAUUAUUCGGGAGAGGGAUACUGAAUAUCAGCUAAACAGGAUUGUCCUAUUUGACAGACUACUAAAGGCCUAUCCUUAUAAAAAAAAUCAAAUUUGGAAAGAAGCCAGAGUUGACAUUCCACCUCUAAUGAGAGGUUUAACCUGGGCAGCACUACUUGGAGUAGAGGGAGAUAUUCAAGCAAAAUAUGAUUCUAUUGAUAAGGACACUCCUAUUCCUACGGACAGACAGAUUGAAGUUGACAUCCCUCGCUGUCAUCAGUAUGAUGAACUGCUGUCAUCGCCGGAAGGCCAUGCAAAAUUUAGGCGGGUUUUGAAAGCCUGGGUAGUUUCUCAUCCUGAUCUUGUAUACUGGCAAGGUCUUGAUUCCCUUUGUGCGCCUUUCCUGUAUCUGAAUUUCAACAAUGAAGCUUUGGCCUAUUCCUGCAUGUCUGCUUUUAUACCAAAAUAUCUCUAUAAUUUCUUUCUAAAGGAUAAUUCUCAUGUUAUUCAAGAAUAUCUUACGGUAUUCUCCCAGAUGAUUGCAUUCCAUGAUCCUGAACUGAGUAACCACCUCAAUGAAAUAGGUUUCAUCCCAGAUCUAUAUGCUAUUCCUUGGUUUCUUACAAUGUUCACACAUGUCUUUCCUUUGCACAAAAUCUUUCAUCUGUGGGAUACAUUACUACUGGGAAAUUCUUCCUUCCCAUUCUGCAUUGGAGUGGCUAUCCUACAGCAGCUGAGGGAUCGUCUUCUCUCCAAUGGCUUCAAUGAGUGCAUUUUGCUGUUUUCUGAUUUACCAGAAAUUGAUAUUGAACGGUGUGUCCAUGAAUCAAUUAACCUUUUCUGCUGGACUCCCAAAAGUGCUACAUACAGACAAUAUGCCCAGCAUCCUAAACAAACCAAUGAAAGCAAUUCUACAAGAAGUCUAAUAUCUUGUUUCUCAUCAGACUAUCAGGAUACAUCCAGGAGUGACCUGUCUAGGGAUUCUAUCAAAUUAAAUGAUCUGAAAUCUGAAGUGUCACCACGGAUCUCGGCUGAAGAUUUGAUUGACCUCUGUGACCUGACAGGACCAGGCCAUUCUAAAACGCCAACAAAGAAGACAAAGUCUAGCAAACCAAAGUUGCUGAUUGUUGACAUUCGGAACAGUGAGGAUUUUAACCGUGGGCAUAUACCAGGAAGUAUCAAUAUCCCAUUUGGGUCAGCAUUCACUGCUGAAGGAGAAUUCAUCCAGUGCCCUGCUACUUCCACACUUCAGAGCUUUAAAGGGAGAGUUGUGGUGAUAGUAGGACAUGUGUCAAAGAAUGCAGCACAGUUCGCAGCUCAUCUGGUGAAAAUAAAAUAUCCAAGAAUUUGCAUUCUGGAUGGCGGCAUUAACAAAAUCAAGCCAACGGGUCUUCUAACAGUUCCUUCUCCACAAAUAUGACCAGAAAAGCUUGAAGUGUCUUCUAGCUCUCUGAAAAACUCUUAAGAAUACAGCAACAUUUUAAUUCUGCUCAUGACUCAAAUAUUGUGUCUGUUUACAGUGUUUUUUCAGUUCAGUGGUUUUUUUUUCCAAUUUAUUAUUUUUUACAGAAGUUUACUUUGACUGGAAGAAGCUAUAAAGCAUUAAAAUGAUGUAAUUCUAGGAAAUCAUCAAUUGAAAUUUGUCCAUCCAGCAAGAGAAAAAACAACGUUGUAUAUAUAAAAUCUGCACUUAUUAACUCAAAUUAUGAGUUUGAAAUUACAUGGAUGAAUAGUAUCAUUUGAGUGACUGAUACAUUUUAGAUAUAAUUAUUUCACCUCAAGAAUUAAUUUGUUUGACUUAACUAGUUUUUCUAGACCAUGGAAUAUUUAAAAUCAAGUAAAGGGGGGAGAGGGAGACCAGAAAUUGCUUUCAGAACCUGCUUGUUGAAUCUUUAAACAAAAUAUUUUUAUAGAAAUAUGUCCAAACAACUUAAAUCAUCUCUUGUUUGUUACAGCUGUGAUAGUGCAUCAGUUGUCAUGAUAAGUCAUAGUCUUAAUUCUGUUAAAUUUAAAUAUAUCGUGACUUGAAAAUUAUUUGUAAAAGAAUAAACUUUUAACUCUUAUAUUUGAAA